AUGCCGGAUCCUUUCGUGAAAGAUGAAAUCCAUGAGAACAAGUUUAUGCUGAGCGUCUUGUGGGGAGUUCAUAGAAUCUACUGUUUCGAACUGCUGCCGAACAACACGACAGUUACUGCCGAGGUCUACUGCGCUCAACUGCGAAGACUGGCCGAUAAGAUCCACAAGGAGCACCCGAAGCUCGACAGCUUUCGCCUGCUACACGAUAACCCGCGCCAUCACAUCGCGAAGAAGUCUUCCCAGAAAAUUCUGGAGCUCGGAUGGGAAGUUCUUGCGCACCCACCGUACAGCCCGGACCUGGCCCCGAGCGACCACCACCUCUUCCGAUCGCUUCAGCAUCACCUGGAAGAGAAGCGCUACGAUGAUUCUGACCACCUCGAAAACGACCUUCGGGAUUUCCUCGCCUCCAAGUCGCCGGAGUUCUACGCCAAAGGAAGCUGUGAUCUUGUGAGAUGUUGGCAGAAGGUUGUCGAUGUUGAUGGAGAUUAUUUCGUCGAAUAA